GGAUGCCGAAAGAACGAAACUAAUCAUAAGUUUUCGCAGCAGUGAAAGAAGUCACAUCGCGAGCCUUGCUUGGAAUAACACCAGUUUCUGUAGUGGUUCAAUGGCUGGCAACAUUUGUUUGCACGACGAGCGACAACCGACAGAGCUGGUUACCUACGUAGGGCGACACAGAUCAGUCCUCAACUUGAAGUUCUCACCGAGCGAAUACUACCUCGCUAGUGGUGGCGACGACGGUGUGGUGAACAUCUGGGACAUAAGGAAACUGGCCAAGUGCAACAAGAUAUUUGCUCACAGUGUCACUAAGGCUUUAGCAUGGUGUCCCUGGCGUUCAAAUGUUUUGGCAACUGGAGGGUAUGAAACGGAUGGAUCUUUAAAACUGUGGCAUGCUCCGACAGGGAAAUUGCUCCGGGAAACCACUGUGAAUUCCAAGGUUUGCAAUCUUCUAUGGUCGUCAGAUUACAAAGAACUCGUAACUGCGCUUGCUGGUACCAACUUCCCGAAUGUCAUCGCCAUAUGGAAGGAUCGUAAUCCUGAUAAUUACGAAUUGGUGGGCACACUACAACAGCACGAAGCGAAACCACUUCAUCUGGCUCUCAGCCCAUCGGGUUCCACUCUUGCUUCUGCGGGUUCCGAUGAAAUCAUGUGCUUAUGGGAUUGUUUCCCGUGUUUGCGCAAAGGAUCACAAGAGAACGUCUUCUCGCCGAUUUCCUUCUUGAAAACUAUCAGAUGAGCCCCUGUUUAUGAAGAUACGACAACCUUUAUUAUUGCAGUCUUUUUUUUUG